UUUUUUUUUUGACAACUCUGGCUCGUUGAUGUAGUUUACAGAAAGUUAAAGCGUUUUGAAAGUGAUUAACAUUAACAUCAAACAUUUACCCGUUCAGAUCGCAUAUGCUUACCUUGUUCCGUCGCCGAUUCCACUUCUGUCAACCAUUAGGCAACACAAAGUCCUUCUACGAUCAAAUGAGCGAGGCGUUGAAAGCUGACAAGAACAAGGGAAAAAAUAAGCCGGAAGAUGGCUACAAAAGCCGUUACAAUGGCAGAGUAAAGAAGCGACAAUGGGAAGACUACGGUAGCGAAGGCAAUCCGGAAAAGCGAGCCAACUUCAAUCCAGAAGACCGGGUCAAACGGCGAAAAUGGUGUCUGCUGUUGGGCUACUCGGGUGCCAAUUACUACGGAAUGCAACGCAAUCCCGACGUGAAGACAAUCGAAGAAGAGCUGCUGGUGGCAAUGCUGAAACGUAAGUGGAUUACGGAAGAAGGUUUCAAACUACCGCAACAGAUUCAGUUUCAGAGGGCAGCUAGAACGGACAAGGGUGUGUCAGCGGCAAGACAAUGUGUUUCGAUGAAGCUACCUGAGAAUUUGAAUGCAGAGGACAUCAAUCAGGAGCUGCCAUCAGAAAUUCAAAUUUUCGGCCUGAAGCGUGUGACGAAAGGAUUCAAUUCGAAGGAUAAAUGUGAUGCACGAACGUACACCUAUACGUUGCCAACAAUUUCAUUUGCUGAUCAUGGACAAGACGUCACAAUGGAAGACUAUCGGCUGACAACGGAAAAACUGGAUCAAGUCAAUGCAUUGCUGACCAUGUUUGUCGGUACGAAGAACUACCACAAUUUCACCUCUCGUAAGCACUACGCGGAUCCCUCAUCCAACAGGCACAUAAUUUCGUUUUGCUGCGCACAACCGUUCGUCGACAGUGCGACGAAAAUCGAAUUUGCCGUGCUGAAAGUGAAGGGCCAGAGUUUUAUGUUGCAUCAGAUUCGGAAGAUGAUCGGUCUGACGCUGGCUAUUGUCAGGGGACUGGCGGACACGGAUCUGUUACGGAAACGAGCCUUUACGGCCGAAAAAGUGGACGUUCCAAUGGCGCCCGGACUGGGUCUGGUUUUGGAUGAAGUGCAUUACGAUCGGUACAACACAAAGUAUGGAACGGACGGUAUGCACGACAAAUUGGAGUGGAUGGCUGAGGAGGAGAAAAUUCAGAAGUUCUUCCACGAGCACAUUUUCCCGACAAUUGUCAAUACGGAAAUGACGGACAAACCGAUGGUUAAUUGGCUGGAGACGUUGCCUCUACAUUCGUACGAGGACAGAACGGAGUCGCACGUUGCGGAUGAUGAAUGUCUGACCGGAGGAGCAACAGAUGACGUUGGCGAUGAAUCGUUGAUCGGAGUGGGAGACUCCAUUGGUCAUAAUGACCCGUCGACAAACAAGAAUUUAAGCAGUGCCGUUGAAGUGGCGUAAAUUUUAUUCAAUUUCUCGUUCGUGUAAGUAGCAAAACCUUUCGUUCAAUAAAACUCACAAAAA